CGGUUAGAGCGUAUCACUGUUAAUGAUUUUGUCCUGGGUUCGACUCCCAGCAAUGGCUAUCUUUGGUCGCCCCGGCCUGGAGCACCAAGGGCCCUCAGUCCUUGGUCCUCCCCAUGGAUAGAUCACGCACCAGGGAUCUCCACUGGUCUUCCAAGACAUGGUAUCUGUUCAUCCUCCCUUCCUGUACUGACGUUCCCUUGGUGCCUAAGACCCGUCGAAGACGGUAGUCUGCCCUUGUACCCUACCCGAGGCUCCUUUAGCAAACAAUGGCCAUUUUAUUCGAAUCCUUCCUUUGCCAACUUUUUUACUUCGGUCAUCCCUACGUAG